AUUUACCAUAUAAAUUCUUGCUGUGAUGUUUCUGCCAGGGACAUCUGAGUCCAUUGAGAGGACUACUUAUCUGCCCUUGCUCAAGGCCAUUUAUCUUGAAAGGAAUUGGGAUGCUGUGACAUGCCUUUUAGACAAUCAUCCAGCUACAACAACUGUAAGAUUUAUGCACAAAGGUAGCACCAUUCUUAACAUGGUAGUUCUGACUGGUGAUUUGGAAAAGAUUGAGAAAUUGGUGCAGAUAGUGUCAACAGAAGAACUGGGAACACAAGAUCACGAGGGUAAUAUAGCUCUUGCCAUUGCUGCAGUUCUGUCAACCACAAGGGUUGCAGAGUGCUUAAUCACAAAGUAUCAGAAAUUGAUAACUAUCCCUGAUAAGAAUGGGAUGGUUCCUGUUGUGAAGGCAUGUUACUACCAUCAUAAGGAUAUGACACAGUUUCUAUACUGUCAGACUCCAAUUGAAUUCCUAGCUCCAGAAAGUGGUGACCACGGUUCCUUACUACUACAUUUUUGUUUACUUAACAAAAUUCUUGGUAAGAGUUAAUUACAAACGAACCUUUGUUUUUAUCAGUUUUUACACUUUGUUUAAGGCACCCUUACCCUUCCCUUUGUUUGCAAAAGAAGGAAAUAAUUCCUCCAUUCUUUUAUUUUCCUUUCCUCAAUAAUUGAUGUUCUAUUUGUUGAGCUUCUGUCACUGCUAGAAUGGCAAAUCAAUCAUUAGCUUGAGUCCCCUUGGUGUGGAGUGAUGAUAUAUUGCCCAAGUCUCAUCAUUUUAUGUUCUUUUCUUUUCUUUUCUUUUCUAUGUUGUUGGUUGUUUCUGCAUUAGUGCCCUUGAUCUGAGAUUAGUUUAUUUAUCUGAGUUGAUUUGUGCUUGGGAGCAUAGAUUUUCUAGUUUUUUCAUUAUUCUUUUAACAGAUUGUGCUAGAAGUACUACUUUUAUUCCUUUUUAUUAGAUAAAAUUUAUCUUUCGUU